UCUUAUCUCCUUUGGUUGCUUACCCGCUCUCAACACAGUUCCAUUCAAUUGUAAUCUCUCCGCGCCUCUCGUCAAUCAAGUUCCAUAUCUCUACUAGGGGCGGGGUGGCCUCACCACCACCUAUGGCCACCGCUCCGCCGGCCGCGGCCGCCGCCUCGACCGACGCGAACCGACCAUGCGCCGACGACUCGGCCGAUGACCUACGGAGCCUCAGCUUCAAUUCUGCCGUGUCAGCGGUGGAUACCGUAAAGCGUAGCCCGAGUUCGGGGUCCGAGACGACGUGGACCGCCUCGAGCUUCGUCUCCGCCUCGUCCUUCAAGCCCCACGCGCACGCGCCCUCCGACGACCCGUGCCGGGACGCUAUCCAGCGCGCGAGGGAGGCCCGCGACGGCUCCAAGCUCGGCCUCGGCGACCUCCGGUUCAUGUACAGGCUCGGGAGCGGCGACAUCGGGAGCGUGUACCUGGCGAAGCUGAAGGGCGGCGGGGAGUGCAUGUUCGCCGCCAAGGUGAUGGACAGGAAGGAACUGGCCGGCCGGAACAAGGAAGGCCGGGCGAGGAUAGAGAGGGAGAUCCUGGAAAUGCUGGACCACCCCUUCUUGCCCACUCUCUACGCCACGCUGGAUUGUCCGAGGUGGUCUUGCUUGCUGACCGAGUUCUGCCCCGGCGGGGACCUCCACGUCCGCCGGCAACGGCAACCGGAGAGACGGUUCGGCGAAUCGGCUGUCCGGUUCUACGCGUCGGAAGUGGUGGUCGCGCUUGAGUACCUGCACAUGCUGGGGAUCAUCUACCGCGAUCUCAAGCCCGAAAACGUCCUCGUCCGGUCGGACGGCCACGUGAUGCUCACGGACUUCGACCUCUCGCUCAAGAGCGACAAACCCGCGUCCGCGGCACAGCUCGUCUCCGAUCAAGACGGCCCCGCCUGCGACGACCCGGCCGAGCGCCCUCCGUUCGCCGAGUCGUCGUGCAUCAUCCCCAGCUGCAUGGUCCCCGCCGUCCCGUGCCUCCACCCGAGGCGCAGGCGCAAGAAGAAGCCCGGCGGCCCCCGCGGGAGCCUGGAGAUCGUGGCCGAGCCGGUCAACAUCCGGUCGAUGUCCUUCGUCGGGACCCACGAGUACCUGGCGCCCGAGAUCGUGCUGGGGGAGGGGCACGGCAGCGCGGUGGACUGGUGGACGCUGGGGGUCUUCGUCUUCGAGAUGUUCUACGGGGCGACGCCCUUUAAGGGGAUCGACAACGAGCUGACCCUGGCCAACAUCGUGGCCCGGGCCCUCGAGUUCCCCAAGGAGCCGUCGGUCCCAGGGCCGGCGAAGGACCUGAUCGCGCAGCUCCUGAUCAAGGACCCGGCGAGGCGGAUGGGGUCCACGAUGGGAGCCACGGCCAUCAAGCACCAUCAGUUCUUCGACGGGGUCAAUUGGGCAUUGCUAAGAUGUACAAAGCCACCCUACAUUCCGAGGCCGAUCGAUUACAAGGACUUUGUGAAGGCAGAUAGUAGCGCUGAUAAUUCAAUGGAGUAUUACUAGGGAAAUUCAAUUAAAAGAGGAUUGUAAUUAAGCCAAUGCUAAGCUUGUUUCUCAAUACCGUGCACGAGUCAAAUCACAUUGGGCAAAGCAUGCCUUGGAUGCCAAUCCGA